UCUUGAGUUUCAUGCAAGCAAUGUACUCACAAGUCACAGCAUCCUCAUAUGUUCAUCUGCAUAAAACAACCUGAUUAUCCAUAACAAGACCUGCACAAACACUCGGUUGCUCCGCCAUGGCUCCUCCGCCGCCGCAACCACAACAAGCAACCCGACCACGCCACUUACCGCUAGUACGAUCCAUUGCUAUGGUUUUGCUUGCUCUCGUCGUUGUGGUCGGCCUAGCCGUGCUGAUUGCUUGGGUAUCAGUUAAUCCCAAAAAACUCAAAUACUCCAUCGAACAAGGCUCAAUCUCAGACUACAACUUAACCAGCAACGGCCACCUCAAUGCCAAUUUCCAUUUCGUAUUACGUGCAAACAAUCCCAACAAACGGAUUUCGAUAUACUACGACAGGAUUGAGGUUACAGUGUCGUACGAGGAUCAGAUGCUGUCGAUCAACAAUGUCCUUCCCUUUUAUCAGCGACGGCAUAACGUGACCUACCUCGACUUGGAUCUUGCGGCGAGAGAUGUGACACUUUACGGAGCGGUGGCAAGGGAUCUGAAAAUGAAGAAAUAUUCAGGGAAAGUAGAUUUGGAUGUUAAAAUAAGAAGCAAAAUCAGGCAGAAAGUGGGAGUUUUUAAAAUUCAUCGCCAUUUGAAGAUCGAAUGUGGGCCUUUGAGAGUUCCGUUUUCUUCAUCAAAGGGUGAAUUUGAGAGAGUUUUCUGUGAUGUUGAUCUAUAAAUUUGUUCUGUUUAGUGUGAUUUGUUUAAUUGCUGUAUGAGGUUUUUAUUUAUUUAUUUAUUUUUUCAAA